GAUGGUUGAUCCCGAAUUCCAGAUUCUAGACAGAACAGGGAUCAAAAGUUUAGACGGAACCUUUCUUGGUUGGGCUGUGCUGUGCUGCGGGACUUUGAGCAAGUGAAACCGCGUGGGUGGGAUGAGUAACUACUGUUUUUACUAACUAAAAUCUUUGCUUCUGUUCUCACUUCUCACGUCACCGGGGGAAAGCUCAACGCUAUUGUUCUAAUUUCUUUCCGUCGACUAUAUCCUUCUGAUUCUGCAAUCAACUAUCAGGCCUGGAUUGUCGUCUCUCAGAGAAAGUGAGAGAGGAUGAACCGAAAGAAAGAGCCCUGCAGAAACUUUCAGCGUGGCAGUUGUCAAUAUGGUGACAGGUGUAAGUUUCUCCAUGUGAAUCAGCAACAGACGAAACCUAAUCCAUUUGGUUUUGGGACUGGUUCACAGUUUCAGCAAACAAAUCAGCAACAGCAAAAGUCCAACCCUUUUGGAUUUGGAGUGCAGAACAACUCGAAGCCAAAAGGAGACUCUGAUUUUGGUUCAAAAUAUCAGAAUCAAUUCAAGCCAUUUGAAAACAAGUGGACUCGUUCAUCAAGUGUACCUGCUGCAAACCCUAGUUCUCGGCAAGCUGACAACCAGUCCCAGGCUCCCCAUAAGUGUACAGAUUCCGAGUCAUGCAAACGUCAAAUUGUCGAAGAUUUUGACAAUGAGAGACCACUUUGGAAGCUUACCUGCUAUGGCCAUUCUAAAUAUGGCCCAUGCGACAUUGUUGGUGACAUUAGCUAUGAAGAAUUGCGAGCGGAAGCAUAUAAGGAUGCCAAGCAGGGGUUAAGCUUGCAAUCAAUUGUUGAAAGAGAAAGGAAUUUACUGAAUUCAAAAUUGAUUGAAUUUGAGAACUUACGUCGUAAUCCCUAUGUGAUAUCUUCGAAUUCUACUUCCACUGGGGCAAGCUCAUUUUCUGGAAUCAAUUCAAAUGCAUCUGUCUCGACUGCUCCAAAUAGUGGACCUCCUUCACUCUCACGUUUUAGUCAACUGGGCCCGUCACUUAAUCUGGGAGGUAGCAGCUGGUCUCCUGUGUCAUCUACCAAUGCUUUUGGGCAAUCAAUUUCUUUCCAGACGCCAGGACUUGGGAUGGACAAUUUGACAUUUGGUAGCAAAGAAUCUUUUGGGAAUCAACAGCCUAUGCAGGCAUUUUCAAGUGCCGCCGCAACCUUCGAUAUUCCGAACAUCAGCAGCAGUAACUUUGGUGAUGGAAGCGGCCCAUUUCAUGUUUCUUCACCAAUGCCAGCACAGUUUCCCAAUCAUAUUACUAAUGAGUCAAAGAAACUUCCAAAUGGGGGUAGCUUUUCUGCUAAUGUGGUUGGACUAGCAUCCAUGGAUACUCAUUCUGUGGACAGCAAGAAAAUAGAGGCCAUUGCUGGCGAUGGAAGUAUUUGGCUAAAAGACUGGAAACCUGGGGAGAUUCCAGAAGAAGAACCUCCACAACAGUUCAUAUUUCCAGAUUCUAAUGAAUCCAUUCUGAAAAGAUGAUGAAAAUGAUAUUGACUGCUGGAUGAAGGCAGUACCUGCUCCCGGGGAGCUUGAAUUUGUUGGUGGCUUUUUUUUUUUUUU